UAACAUGGGAGUAUAAACUGUCAUAUUUUAUUUCCAAUGUCAUCACAGUAGUCAAGACUAGAUUAAUUGCUUCAAUUGGCAUUAGGUCGGUUCAUAAUGCGAGGAAAGAAAAACUUUUCACGUAGAUUUUCAAAUAUGUCUGUAAGAUUUUUGUUUAGCUGAAUAUGAAGUGUUGCUCUUUAAACUCAAGGUGUCGCUAUGUAGCCAGUUAUGGAGAAAGUAGGAUUUUCUCCAAGCACUCGGUGAAGAAGAGUACAAAGGUUUCUGUUCGUCGUCGUUCAGACCAGUAUGCUCUUUGCGACAACUGUACUGUUAUUUCAGUAGAUGCUGAUACAACAACAAGUUUAGCUUUAGACGCUGCAUUGCUGUGAAUCGGACCGGGACGUUUUCUAACCCAUGCGUUGUAAUGGCGUUGAAAGGGACGAGGAGCAUUUCAUGGACGGGCAUUCUGGCUUUCUUUGUUUUCUGGAUUCAUUCUGCGAAUGGGGACGUAAGCUUUUCUGUUCCAGAGGAAAUAAAGCGUGGAUCUGUAAUUGGAAAUAUUGUCAAGGAUAUUGGUUUGGAGACGGGCAAACUUGCUUUAAGGAAAGCACGCAUUGACACAGAGGCAAACGCUAAACGCUAUUGUGAUAUAAACCUGAGCACCGGAGAUUUGAUUGUUUCUGAGAGGAUCGACAGAGAGGCUCUUUGUGGUGCCAAGGCGUCGUGCGUCAUGAAACACGAACUAGUCCUGGAGAGCCCGAUGGAGCUCCAUCGUAUUAGUCUUCACGUUCAAGAUGUCAACGAUAACUCUCCGUUGUUCAACGAAGACUUGGUCAAAAUAGAGAUCAGAGAAUCUGCAGGCCGAGGAGCACGCUUCCUGCUAGAGGAGGCGCGGGAUGCAGAUGUGGGACAGAACUCAGUCCAGCGGUACAGCUUAAGAGAGAAUGAACAUUUUAAAUUGUCGGUUGAUGCAAACACCGUUGAACUCGUUCUUGACAAAGAGCUGGAUCGCGAAAAUAAAGAGGAAAUUAAUUUAAUCUUAACUGCUAUGGAUGGGGGUUCUCCCCCUAAAUCUGGUACAGUAGGGAUACACGUCACUGUAUUGGAUGCAAAUGAUAACGCACCAGUGUUUAGUCAGGUUGUUUAUGAAGCCAGUGUUCAGGAAAACAUUCCCUUAGAUACCGUGGUUGUUACUGUUCACGCGACAGAUGCGGAUGCUGGGAUAAACGGAGAGGUGACGUACGACUUCGGACACGUUCCAGAUGACGUGAAGAGUAGAUUUAGUAUUGAUCGCACAACGGGAGAUAUACGAGUAAUUGGGGCUAUCGACUUCGAAUUAGAAACGUUUUUUGAGGUGCGGAUCAAAGCAAAAGAUGGCUUGGGACUGUCGUCCUACACGAAAGUAAUAAUUAAUGUUAUCGAUGUGAAUGACAAUGCACCCGUCAUUGAAUUGAAAUCUCUCUCCGACCCCAUAUUAGAGAACGUUCAACGAGGCACAGAGGUAGCGAUAAUUAACGUGCAGGACAGAGACUCUGAGAAGAAUAGACAGGUCCGAUGCUCCAUUCAGCUAAACCUCCCCUUUAAACUUGUUCCAUCGAUUAAGAACUACUACUCAUUGGUAACCACGAGUGGUCUGGACCGUGAACUAGUGUCUGAUUAUAAUAUCACCAUUAUGGCCACAGACGAGGGAUCUCCCCCUUUGACCUCCUUUAAAAUCAUUCAGCUAACAGUAGCCGAUGUCAACGACAACCCGCCUCUGUUUGAUGAAGCGUCCUACAGCGCCUAUGUUGCUGAAAACAUCCAACCAGGCUCGACUCUGUGUUCAGUGUCCGCUAGAGACCCAGACUGGAGACAAAAUGGCACCGUGCUGUAUUCUCUUUUACCCAGUGAAGUCAACAGUUCCCCGGUGUCCCUGUAUGUAUCUGUAAACGGAGACACAGGGGUCAUCCAGGCCUUGAAGUCUUUGGAUUAUGAACUAUUCAGGAGCUUUAAGUUCCAGGUGAUGGCUAGAGACAACGGUUCUCCUCCACUCAGCAGCAACGUGACGGUCAGUGUCUACAUAACAGAUGUGAACGACAACACUCCUCAGAUACUUUACCCCACGUCUGAAGGAAAUGCUUUUAAGACCGAGCUGGUCCCCAAGGCGACACACGGAGGUUCUCUAGUCUCCAAGGUGAUUGCAGUGGACGGAGACGCUGGACAGAACGCCUGGCUGUCCUAUCGUAUCAUUCAGUCCACUGACCCGGGACUCUUUACUAUCGGUCUCCACAGUGGAGAGAUCAGGACCCAGAGGGACAUUUCAGAAAGCGACAACAUGAAACAGAACCUCGUUGUCUCUGUGAACGAUAACGGGCCAACACCGCUCUCCGCCACAUGUGUGGUGUAUUUCCUUAUUUCUGACGACUUGGCAGAAGUGGCAGAGUUUAACCAUCACACAGAGGAGAGUGAUUCUACAGUGACAUUUUAUCUGAUUAUUGCGCUGGUGUGCGUCUCCACCUUUUUCCUGACAUUCUUGGUUCUCAUCCUGAGUGUGAGGUUCUGUCGCAGCAGAAAGCCCAGACUGUUGUUUGAUGGAGCCGUCGCUAUCCCCAGCGCUUAUCUGCCCCCUCAUUACGCUGAAGUGGACGGCAUGGCCACCCUGCGCAGCGCCUACAACUAUGACGGCUACUUAACCACGGGCUCUAGAACCAGCGACUUUAAGUUCGCCACGUCUUACAAUGACAACACGCUGCCUGCCGACCAGACCCUGAGAAAAAGCCCAACAGACUUUGCUGAGAUAUUUGGUGACUCUGAGGGAUCGCCUGAGGUAAGCGUGACAGGGACCCCUCCUCUAAUCUAGCUGUGGAAGUUAGUUUCACAUGGUUUGAUUCCCUAAGCAUGACGUUGCGCUUAUUGUCUAUGUUGUUGACUACCACAUUGUGGCUCGGUUGAAGGGAGAAAUGUGCUCGAGGUUUUUACAUAUUUUUGAUUAGUUUCUAAUGGUGUUUAGUUGCAGAGAUUAUUUCAUUGUACCUAAUUUUGUUCCAUCUAUCUAUACCUCAAUGCUGCUGGCUGAAAAGGGAGUUCAUAUAUCAAAACCUAUUGGACUAUGCAUUGUGCAGACCUAUGACUUCAGGUUAAUUUGAUCUUGUUAUCAUGCCUUCAUGGCUAUAAGGAGAGAUCUUACCACCAGGAGUAGAGGUUGGAUGGUAUUAAAGAAUAUUUUAAAGUGUUCGACCCCUUUGUGUUCAGGAUGGUUUUCUACGUGAGGAUAUACAUUUGUUUAAAGGUGUUAAUCUCAUGCAGAACAUCUCUGACAUCAUGAAAUAACAUAUACUGCACUUUUUGGUCAAACCAAUCCAUCAUUCUUUUCCAUCCCUCUACCUCCAUCACCUCUGUGUUCCACGAUGUGAGGUUGGACACCAUGGUGACAGAGAGAAACACUAUGAAUUUCUGGUGCAAUUACGUGUUGUAUUCCUAGCAUGCAUUCUAAAUGGUGUUUUGUGUGUUUGCUCCAGGGUUCUCCUGCUACUUCCCUUCUCCAAAGACACAGGGCUGAGGCUUAAUGUAGAUGGAUGAGUGUUGUAGGUCCCUGUCCAUGGUGCUGAACCGGUUGUAACCUAAAUCUAUUGUAGUUUGUUCAGUGUUCUGUAGCAUGUUGUUCACAUGAGGUUAGGCCUGAUACCUACGGAGAGAACGUUAAGUCAUAGUAUGUUGGCUUCACUGACCCCAUAGGAACAUUGUGACAGCUUGGAAGGAUAAAUAAUCUGUCAGAUGUGUUUCAUAACAUACUUUAUAACCCCUGUAAAAGGUGAUUUUGUUUGGUAUGGAAGCUUCUCAAUGUGUGCCAGUUGAACACAUUGCAUCUAUGCAUUAUAUGUGUCUCAAACAAAAAACGAAUGUAAUUGAUAUCUGAAGGCUAUACUAUCCAUCAAUGUCUGGACUUGAAUGUUUAAAUAAGAUUUACAUUCACCAGAUGUUCGCUUUUUUACUAUUUCAUGUUACAUACCACAAUUUCUGAUUGCUGUUACGUUUGAUAACAACAUUUGCCGGAAUGGUUUUAAUCCAGCCAGGAUAUUUCCCUGAUAACUAUAUGUGGAGAUUGAUGAAUGUACAUCUAUCCAUGUUCCUUUGGAGUAACAAAUACAUAAAUUGAUGAUAACUUGAAUACUAGACAUUUUAGAGAGAAUAUAAUCCAUAGACAAUCAUUACAGUUCUGCAAAAAUUAAUAGCAGAUUCAAAUUAAUGUAAUCCUGAUGUUUUAUAAAUUAUAUGCAUUGUUUUCCCAAAUAAGGAUCUGCACAUUAUUUGUUAAUCAAUAGUUGUUUAUUUUAGUACACCUUUACUGGAUAGUGUUUAAGUGUUAAUGUGUUCCAAGUGUGGUUUUGUUUCUUAUGACACACUACCUAUAAAUAAAAAAUCCAACAUAGUUUUAA